GUACAUAUAGGCAUAACGCACGCUCGUCUCCCCCACUCCGCUGCUGCUUCCGUUCUUCUUUGGAUCUCACAGUUUCCUUCGUUGAUAGGCCAGGCGAGAUGAUCACCUGGGAGGACUUCUACACCGUGAUGUGCGCCAUGGUCCCUCUCUACUUCGCCAUGUUCGUCGCCUACGGCUCCGUCAAGUGGUGGAAGAUCUUCACCCCGGAGCAGUGCUCCGGCAUCAACCGCUUCGUCGCCACCUUCGCCGUCCCCGUCCUCUCCUUUCACUUCAUCUCCCACAACAACCCUUACCAGAUGGACUCCCGCUUCAUCCUUGCCGACACCCUCUCCAAGCUCCUCGUCCUCGUCAUCCUCUCCCUGUGGGCCUCCCUGUCCGCCGCCUGCGCCGGCCCCCGACGCCGCGGCCGCCGGCUCGACUGGGUCAUCACCCUCUUCUCCGUCGGGACGCUCCCCAACACUCUCGUGAUGGGCAUCCCCCUCCUCCGCGCCAUGUACGGCGACUUCACCCAGAGCCUCAUGGUGCAGCUGGUGGUGCUGCAGUGUAUCAUCUGGUACACGCUGCUGCUCUUCCUCUUCGAGUACCGCGCAGCCACGAUGCUAAUCGAAGACCAAUUCCCGGGUACGGCGGCGGCCGCCAUUGCCAAGUUCGAGGUAGACGGCGACAUCAUCUCCCUCGACGGGCGAGACCCGAUCCGGGCCGAGUCGGAGGUCGACGCGGACGGCCGCAUCCGAGUCCGCAUCCGGCGGUCCAUAUCCUCCGUGCUGGACUCGGGGCUCUCGUCGUCGAUCGGCAUCACGCCGCGCCGCCUGUCGAACAUAUCCGGGGCCGAGAUAUACUCGGUCAACACGCCGGUCAGGCAGCCGGCGUCGGCGGAUCGGCUCACGGUGCGCGACAUCACGUUGGGGUGCCGGUCCGCCAGCCCGCACUUGUCGGGGUACGCUUCCUCCGACUCGUACUCGCUGCAGCCCACGCCGCGGGCCUCCAACUUCAACGAGAUGGAGAUCGGCACGCCGGUGUGGGUGCGGUCGCCGGCCGCGCCCGCGGGAAUGUUGAUCAGGCAGCAAUCGCCGGCGACACCCGGGGCGCUGAAGCUGGCGUGGGAGGGCUGUGGCGGACAAGGCGACAAGGAUGUUGGGGGGGAGAAAGAUCUGAGCUUCCGGAGCACUUCAAAGUUCGUGGUCGACAAAGAAGAUGAAGAAGAGGAGUUGGAGGUGGAAGGAGAUCAAGAGAUGCCGGCAGCGUUUGUCAUGCUCAGGCUCAUCCUGACCGUCCUCGGCCGGAAGCUGUCGCGCAACCCAAACACGUACUCCAGCAUAUUAGGCCUCCUUUGGUCCCUCAUCUCGUUCAAGUGGGGCGUCGACAUGCCGACGCUGGUGAAGGAGUCCAUCAAAAUAAUCUCAGAUGCAGGGCUUGGAAUGGCCAUGUUCAGCCUCGGGCUGUUCAUGGCUCUGCAGCCAAGGAUCAUUGCCUGCGGGCCAAAGAUGGCGGCCAUAAGCAUGGCGAUCCGAUUCCUAAGCGGCCCCAUGGUGAUGUCUGUUGCAUCCAUGGUAGUGGGGUUAAGAGGUGUACGGCUUCACACAGCCAUCGUGCAGGCAGCUCUUCCUCAAGGGAUCGUACCAUUUGUUUUUGCCAGAGAAUACGGAUUGCAUCCUGAUAUAUUAAGCACUGGGGUCAUCUUUGGCAUGCUUGUCUCUUUGCCCGUAACCUUGCUUUACUACAUACUCCUGGGGCUGUGAGAGGGAGCGCCCGACCGUCAAAAUAAGGUGAAGGAAAGCAGCCAAAGGGAGAUGGACCCGUCGACCUAUCAUUGUCGUUCCCAUGCUGGUGAUCAUUGGCCCAAAAGCUUCCACAGGCGUGAACCGAUCUCAGAUUCCAUAUCAUUCGAUGUCGAGCUCACCGAUCUCUGUGAAUAUAUAUCACGUAGAUUAGGAUCACACUGUGCAAGUUCUAAUGAUUCAAACAGUGUGUCUGUGUAUGAUGAUGGAGCACCGGUGAAAAGUGCACCACCCUACAAAGCUUAGUGGUAGCCGAAAGGAAAUUGAAUUAUGGAAUGCCAUGGCCUAUGAUUAGGGUGGUGGAAGAUCCUCUAAUAUAUGUUUGACCAGAGCGCUGCUCAUUAUGCCA